AUGUUAUAUUCGUGGUGUUUUCGUCACUUGCUAUUAUCUAUUAUACUCGGAAACUUUAAUGUACAGUAUACAAUUGCAAUUUGGCCGCUUUCAAACGUUUCAAAUAUUCAAGUAUUAGGUCUCUUUCAAGAUAUAGCAAACACAUCUAAACCUACGGAAUUGUCAGUUCAUUCUCGUGCUAUGUUUAAAGCUGCAGUAGUUCUUUCACAACAAUAUAAUAUUAAAAUUGACGAACAAUACAUUGGAUGGAAAGCAACACAAACUGGUGGUAAUAGAAUAGGUGCUCUUAGUAGUACAUGUUUAAUAAUGUCCACUUCGAACAUUGUUGGUAUUAUUGGACCGACAUAUUCAAGAGAAGCUCAUAUUAUUGCUGAAUUUGCCAAAUCAGUUCGUAUUCCUGUAAUAUCAUAUGGUGCAACUAAUCCUGAUUUAUCUGAUCGAAAUUCAUAUCCAGCAUUUUAUCGCACAGUUCCUUCAGAUACUGCUGCUGCAUCGUCAAUUGUACAAUUAUUUGUUCGAUUUAAUUGGACAUCUUCUAUAAUUAUCUAUCAAAAUGAUGAAUUUGGAUCCGGUGGAGUUGAAGCAAUAAGUCAUGCAUUUAGUAAAAAUAAAUUGAUUGUCAGUCAAACAUUAAUAUUUGAUAUAGCGACACAAAGUAUUCGAGGUGACUUAACAGAUCUUUUAUCUAGUAGUUCAACACGAAUUGUUCUACUAUGGGUAGAAACUAAUUAUACACCAUUAGUUAUAAAAUAUGCACUUGAUUGUAAUGUUCUUGGACCACAAUUCACAUGGAUAUUACGAUCAAGUAUUUCAUUAGAUUUUUUUAAUCAAACUUCAUAUCCAAAUUUAAUUGGUAUACUUUCUAUAGAACCCGUUGCAGGAAAUAUUGUCAAUGCACCAAUAAAUACAUCAUUAUUAAAUUCAGCUUAUAGUAUUUGGCAACAAUAUGAACCUGAAACAUUUCCCGGACCGAUGAAAGUCAAUUAUUAUGCUCUAUUUACAUUCGAUGCAACUUGGGCAUUAAUUCAAUCAUUGAAACAAUUUUGUUCAACAUAUACAAAUCAUUCCUCAUUCUGCAUAUCAAUUGUCAACAGUUCAUUCUGUUAUGAUCGUCUUUUUCUUAAUGGUAAUUCGUUUUAUAAUACGAUUAGUUUAACAGAAUUUCUUGGUGUAUCUGGUUCGAUAAAGUUUAGUACAAACGUAACAGAUAGAAUAGAUGGUGUUUAUUAUGUUAUACAAAAUAUUCAAUCAUCUGUAAAUGGUCUAUAUUUUGUGCCAGUAUUACAAUGGUCUCAAUCUAAUAAUUGGAAAACAUAUUCAAAAACAGAUAUCAUUGUAUGGCCUGGUAAUUCAUUAAAAUCUCCUACUGGUUUUGCUGGACUUGCAGGUGUUAACUUGAAAAUUUGUGUUAUUGAAGCAUUGCCAUUCACAAUACAAACUGAUUUCUUGAAAAAUAAUACGAUCAAAUUAACUGGUUAUGUACCUGAUCUUAUUGAUAUUUUAAAAAAUAAAAUGGGAUUUAUUCCUAAUAUUAUAUUAUCACAAUCGAAUCAGACUUAUAAUGGAUUAGUUCAAGCAGUAGCAAAUGGUGUUUGUGAUUUGGUAGUAGGUGAUGUUACUAUAACUGCUGCACGAAGAGAAAUAGUCGAUUUUUCUAAUUCAAUAUUUGAUAAUUCAUUACGCAUUAUUAUUCGAAAAUCAAAUUCAAUUGAUGUUGAUUUUUUUUCAUAUUUAAGACCAUUUUCAGUUACUCUAUGGUUAACACUUCUUGCUGGUUUUAUAUAUGCUGCUAUCUUACUAUGUCUAUUAGAACGACAAGAUAAUGAAGCAUUGAAAAAUAAAUCGAUUAUUUCAUCUAUUUCAAUGAGUAUGUGGUAUUCUGUUGGUACUAUUAUGGGAUAUGGUGCAGAUUUUCAUGUUCAAACAGCUGCUGGAAGAGUAUUAAGUGUAGGUUUAUAUAUGUUAAGUUUGGUAUUAGUAGCUACAUAUACGGCAAAUUUAGCAUCUGAUUUAACAAUAUCAAAAUCAAAAGAUUUUAUUUCUGGAAUUGAUGAUAUUAAAAAUGGAAAAUUAUCUUUUAAUCGUAUUGGUAUUCUAGCUGGAUCAUCAUUGGAAGAUUUUUAUUUACAUGAAAUUUCUUGUGGUAGUAGAAAUUUUUAUCCAUUAAAAUCUCAAAAUGAAAUAUAUAUCAAAUUAUUAGAUAAAACUAUUGAUGUUGCAAUAUCGGAUGCUGCUCUUUUAGAAUAUGUAACGAAAAAAAUCUAUUGUAAUUUAACUCUUGUUGGAAUAGAUUUUAGUCGUAGUUCAUAUGGUAUUGUUAUUCCUAAACAAUGGUUAUAUGCAAAAGAUUUAGAUGUUGUUAUAUUAUCAUUAAGAGAAUCAGGUGUUCUUGAUGAUUUAAAAAGAAAAUGGUUUGAAGGAAAUCUUUGUCUAGAUUCAUUUUCAUCUGAUAAAUCUACAAGUAUAAAUGUUGGAUCAAUGAGUGGUUUACUUGUUACAUUUGGAAUAAUUACUAUUCUAUCAUUGAUAUUAUUUGCAUGGACAAAAAAAUUUUUUAUAAAAAAAUUUCAAUGGAUAUCAUCAUGUCAAAAGAAUCAUUUAUUUGAUUCACAAGUCUUUCAUAUAAGACAUUCAAUCAAAACUUUUUCUAAACAUAAGAAUAAUUCUCAAACAACUUUGUAUGAUGUAACAAGAUUUUAA